AUGAUGGAUACACAAUACUUCGUUGCAACCAUCCUUCUAUGCCUUGGAAUCACAGUCUUGAUCCAAGUCAUAAACACAUACAGAUUCUGCAACAAACUACCUCUUCCACCAAGUCCUACAGCUUUACCAAUCAUCGGUCACAUUCACCUUCUUGGUCCCAUAGCUCACCAAGCACUUCAAAAGCUCUCCAUCCGUUAUGGACCCUUGAUGUAUCUCUUCAUUGGCUCCAUCCCUAAUGUUAUUGUCUCAUCGACAGAGAUGGCUAAUGAGAUUCUCAAAUCCAACGAGCUCAAUUUCCUGAACCGUCCCACUAUGCAAAACGUUGACUACCUUACUUAUGGCUCAGCUGAUUUCUUUUCAGCUCCUUAUGGGAUUCACUGGAAAUUCAUGAAGAGGAUCUGUAUGAUGGAGCUAUUCAGCAGCAGGGCGUUAGAUAGCUUUGUCAAUGUAAGAACAGAGGAGCUGAGGAAGCUUCUGGUGCGCGUUAUGAAGAAAGCAGAAGCAGAAGAGAGUGUUGAUCUCGGUGAACAGCUUAAGGAGUUGACAAGCAGCAUCAUAACGAGAAUGAUGUUCAGAGAAAUGAGAUCAGAUAGUGGGAGAAGAGAGGAAGUUAUCAAAAUGGUGGUGGAGUUGAAUGAGCUAGCAGGUUUCUUCAAUGUUUCUGAAACGUUUUGGUUCUUGAGGAGACUUGACCUGCAAGGAAUCAAGAAGAGGCUCAAGAAUGCUCGAGACAAAUAUGAUGUGAUCAUUGAGAGAAUCAUUGAAGAGCAUGAGUCUAGGAAACACAAGGAUGCAGGAGGAGUACGGAGCAUGCUAGACAUUCUGCUUGACAUAUAUGAAGACAAAAACUCAGAGAUUAAAUUGACAAGAGAAAACAUUAAGGGCUUCAUCAUGAACAUAUAUGGAGGUGGAACAGAUACAUCUGCCAUCACAGUAGAAUGGGCUUUAUCAGAGCUGAUUAACCAUCCAGAGAUCAUGAAGAAAGCCCAACAAGAGAUAGAACAAGUGGUGGGAAACAAGAGACUAGUACAAGAAUCUGAUUUGUGCAAUCUCAGUUACAUACAAGCAGUUGUGAAGGAGACAUUGAGGCUACAUCCUGGAGGACCGAUAUUCGUGAGAGAAUCAAAUGAAGAAUGUGCAGUUGCUGGAUACAGAAUCCCAGCAAAAACAAGAGUGAUGGUUAACGUUUGGGCUAUAGGAAGAGAUACAAAUCAGUGGGAAGAUCCAUUGGAGUUUAGACCUGAGAGGUUUGAAGGAAGUGAAUGGAAGAUAAUGAGUGAGAAGAUGGUGUCUUUUGGAGCUGGGAGAAGAAGUUGUCCUGGAGAGAAGAUGGUGUUUAGAUUUGUUCCAAUUGUUUUAGCUGCGGUGAUACAGUGCUUUGAGUUGAAAAUGAAGGGAAGUGUGGAGAUGAAUGAAGGGAGUGGAUCAUCUUUGCCUAGAGCCACACCUUUGGUGUGUGUUCCUGUUGCCAAGGAGACUAUAAAAUUGUUGUUCUCACUUGAACCAAAGGUUAGCUUCUAG